AACGACUAGUUCCGGUUUCCCCCAUCGGGCUCGUCUGCCACGGUCCUCUAACCCGGCUCGGCUCGGCUCGGCUCGGCUCGGAGUCCGGCACACGUAGCUUCACGUUGCGGCCGAUGAGGAGCAGGUGCACGGGGAUAGAGCGCAGCACCUGCCGCUACAGGCUGAGUCACUGCUGGUGAGGAGGAAGGUCUGGAGAGGGAACGAGAGAGGAGGAGGAGGAGGUGGUGGAGGAGGGGGAGAAGGAGAAGAAGGGAGGGAGGGGAGACAGGGAGAUAAGCCACAACAGGAAGCAAAACGACACACACACGCGUACACAAACACAGUGUGUGCGCGUCCGAGAGAGAGACUGCGCGAACAAGAGGGUGAACGGGAAAGGAAGGGAGGGAGAGUGACGCGGAGGCUGGGAGAGCCUGGCCCCCCCUCCUCCUCCUCUCCUCCUCUCCCUCUCUUUCUCUCCUCUCCUCCUCUCCUCCCCUCCUCCCCCUCUCUCUCUCUGUGGAGCAGGCGUGUAGCGGCAUCAGACUCGGCGUGAAGGAACCAUGAGCGAUGUCACCAUCGUUAGAGAGGGAUGGCUCCAGAAACGGGGUGAAUACAUAAAGAACUGGCGACCGCGUUACUUCCUGUUGAAGACAGACGGCUCCUUCAUCGGCUACAAAGAGAAACCUCAGGACGCAGACCUGCCCUACCCACUAAAUAACUUUUCUGUAGCAAAAUGUCAGCUGAUGAAGACAGAGAGGCCAAAGCCGAACACCUUCAUCAUACGCUGCCUCCAGUGGACCACAGUCAUCGAGAGGACCUUCCACGUGGACUCGCCUGAUGAGAGAGAUGAGUGGACAGAGGCCAUCCAGAUGGUCGCUGACAAGCUGCAGAGACAAGAGGAGGAGAGGAUCCAGUGCAGCCCCACCUCCAAUAUCGACAACAUGGUCGAGGAGGAGAUGGACAUCUCUACCACACAACACAAACGCAAGACAAUGAGUGACUUCGACUACCUGAAGCUGCUGGGAAAGGGAACCUUUGGCAAAGUGAUUCUGGUCCGAGAAAAGGCCAGUGGGAAAUAUUAUGCCAUGAAAAUCCUUAAAAAAGAAGUGAUCAUAGCCAAGGAUGAAGUGGCUCACACACUCACAGAGAGCAGAGUACUGAAAAACACCAGACAUCCCUUUCUCACCUCAUUGAAGUAUUCAUUCCAGACUAAAGACCGCCUCUGUUUCGUCAUGGAGUAUGUGAAUGGAGGAGAGCUGUUUUUCCAUUUGUCCAGAGAGCGGGUGUUCUCGGAGGAGCGCACGCGCUUCUACGGCGCCGAGAUCGUCUCAGCUCUAGACUACCUGCAUUCCGCCAAGAUUGUGUACCGGGACCUCAAGUUGGAAAACCUGAUGCUGGAUAAAGAUGGCCAUAUCAAGAUCACUGAUUUUGGCCUCUGCAAGGAGGGUAUCACAGACGCUGCUACCAUGAAGACCUUCUGUGGCACUCCAGAGUACCUAGCACCAGAGCUGUUUUUCCAUUUGUCCAGAGAGCGGGUGUUCUCGGAGGAGCGCACGCGCUUCUACGGCGCCGAGAUCGUCUCAGCUCUAGACUACCUGCAUUCCGCCAAGAUUGUGUACCGGGACCUCAAGUUGGAAAACCUGAUGCUGGAUAAAGAUGGCCAUAUCAAGAUCACUGAUUUUGGCCUCUGCAAGGAGGGUAUCACAGACGCUGCUACCAUGAAGACCUUCUGUGGCACUCCAGAGUACCUAGCACCAGAGGUCCUGGAGGACAACGACUACGGUCGGGCGGUGGACUGGUGGGGUUUGGGUGUGGUGACGUACGAGAUGAUGUGCGGCCGACUGCCGUUCUACAACCAGGACCACGAGAAGCUGUUCGAGCUCAUCCUCAUGGAGGACAUCAAGUUCCCUCGCACUCUGUCAUCCGACGCAAAGUCGCUGCUGUCCGGCCUGCUCAUCAAAGACCCCAACAAACGGCUCGGUGGAGGACCAGAUGAUGCUAAAGAAAUAAUGAGACACAGUUUCUUCACUGGUGUUGACUGGCAGGACGUCUACGAUAAAAAGCUCGUCCCGCCCUUCAAGCCUCAGGUGACGUCGGAGACAGACACCAGAUACUUUGACGAGGAGUUCACAGCCCAGACCAUCACCGUCACUCCACCAGAGAAAUUUGACGAGGACGGGAUGGACUGUCUGGACAACGAGAGACGGCCGCACUUCCCACAGUUCUCCUACUCGGCCAGCGGGCGGGAAUGAUCAGUCCGUCACGCGGUGACGGCAUCACAGCUGAUCUCUGAGGUCAUCAGUGUGGGACAAAAAAAAAAAGACCCACAGCUUUGGACUGACCCAAAAACAAUGACUUGAAGGAUUUAGCCCUUCUCCUCCUCUUCUUCACCUCUCUAUCUAUUUCUUUAUUCUGAUUUUGUGAAUCCAUCUUUAGAAAAAUUUAGCAAAAUUUCCCUCUAAAUCCUGCACUGCAUCCCCAGGUGAUCCGAGCUGUGAUGUGAUCACUUACUAUGUAAUGUCCCUUUAAUGACAGGAGCAUCACCGGUGGCCUGCUGUGCUUUGAUGUAUGUGGGUCCUGACAAACUAAAAUCAAGCACCUCUGAUCAAGUUAGACGACAGCUGAUGGAUUUUUUUUAAAAGGAGACGUUUCUGUGGCUUCCGAUCCGUACGAGGGAGAUACAGCGUUUUAAGUCGUUCGAACCCAAACUGCCGUUUCCGGUUGUAUCUCAGGCUUUUGCAAACAGAUUCUCAGACUCAGCGAGACACUCGGCUCUGAUUUCAUGUCCUUACGUAAUUAAUACAUCUGGGAUUGACUGAGGCUGCCUGGCAUUGAGGAAACAGUUGUCGUCAGCGAGCAGAAUCGUGCACACCUCGUGUCACCGAGCAGGAUUCGACUCAGGUUUUGCUCAGUGCAAUUCAUUCUUAUUGUUGCUGCUAUUUCAACUACUACUACAACUACUACAGGUACUACUGCUAUACUUCUAAAACCCGGUGCUACACUACUAGCUUGAUGCUGCAGGUCAUUACAAAGGCGCCAGCUACACAUCAAACCACCUGUAUUCACAUCCGUGCGUUUACAGCUGCAGUACAGAUGUUACCACUACAUGUCUGUAGAUCCAGAUGAUGUGAUGUUUGUGUGAGCGUGUGCGAGGUACUAUUAUUAUUAUAAUUAUUAUUAUUAUCAUUAUUAUUAUUGGUUUGUGUUGAAGAUCGCACCUCAAAGCACAGCAGCUCAGAAGGAUGAAGCUCCCAAACCGUGAGCUUUACUACGUUACCCACAAUGCAGUGCAAGGUGGUUGAUAUAUCUGUGAUUGCAGAGGUGAAAAAAGGAGAGGGCCUUUUUAACGACCCCCCCCCUCCCUUCCCAAAAGUUCUUUCUUUUUUAUUUAUUUCUCAACAGCUAUGAGUCCCUCUGAGUUUCAGUCUCUGUCACAAAAGGGAAAACACAAAGCGAAAGGGUACUGAGCAUGGACGAUGGAAAGCUUUACUGUGACAUAUUGUUAUCAUGGCUUUGGGAAGCACACGACUGUACCUCUGUGUGUCACUGUGCAGGAAAGGGAAACCGCAGCAGGGACAGAUUCACCGCAGUGUGAAAAAUAAGAGUCCAGGACAACAGGUCCACAGUGACGAGCAGAGAGAGUGUGUACAGGUGAACAGCUCCAUGAAUGAUACAAUAUGAAAUAUUUACAAUGUGAUAUUUUAUGACGUGUCGACGAGCGAGGUAUCUGUUAAUCUCCUGUUUCCUGUGACUUUCUUAUGAAGGAUUUUAAAAGAAAAAAAAAAUGGUUGAUGAGGUGGUUCCCCUUAAAACGUUUUGGGUUUACACCAAUCACAGCAAAGGCUAUAAUAUAUAUAUGUUCUAUUUAUUGUUCUACUCAUCGGUUUUAUAUUUAACUUUUUCUAUUGUUAUUACGUUAUUCUAGAGAUAAUUAUUUCUUAGGGCUGAGAGGAAGAAAAAAAAGGCACCUCAAGAAACAAAAAUGGCUGAAGAAUGUAGGAGGGAAAGCAGAUAGCCUUCCUGCUCCAUCGUUUAUUUAAAUGUUUGUGUGUUGUUUUCUGACCAAAAUGUGACGGGACGCGUAAAAGAUGACGAGAGUUUACUGUGAGCAGAUUAAAAAAAAAAAAGAAACAAGAAGAGGAUAUGAAAUUCUUCUUCAGCUUUAUCCAAAUCAUCCCACAGGUGUUGAGCGUGAAGGCUCGCGUCACCUGACACUGACAGGAAUGUCCGCCACGUUUAAUCUGGUCACAGGUUCGAGUCGGUGAAGUUCAGAGAGAAAGAGGAAGUUGAGUCGAAAAGAAAACGAGUGCAGCACAGAAUGUAAAGCAGGAAGUGUGGAAGGAGACUAAACUAAGUGCGUCGAGGUGAAUGAGAGGAGGAAGUCGAAGUGGAGGCACGAGGGAGCGUUUAAAGGUCAGUGUGUGUCGGAUCUUCACAUGAGACUCUCGUCCAUCUUUAACGCGUCCCAACAUUUCUCCGGUCCUGUUUGUUUUUGCGAUUGUUUUGUCGUCAUUGUCUUCCAGUUUGACCAACAAAGAUUUUAAACUCCGGGCCGGUUGAGCUCAGAAUCAUGAAAAAACAUUGACAUCCAGCACUUAAGAGUAAAAAGAAAAAAGAAAAAAAUCUGAAAUAUAUUUUAAAAAAAUCCAAAACAUGUGGAAGAUGUCAAACGACAAAGAGGACGACGUGAAUUAAAAACACCAGGGGCUGCGCUCUCAUUAGAAAACUGCAUUCCACUCUAUUUAUGUGAAUGUUUUUAUGAUCAUUGAUAUAACUUGAAUUUCUCUUUUCUGUUUAAUUUAUUUGAUGUGAGUUUAGCAGUGAGGGGGCGUAGUCGUGUUUCACUCUGCGGAUUCACUCUUCAGAGACUUUGUUCGAAAAUAAAUGCCUCCGUUGUUUUUUUUUUUUGUUUUUUUUUUCUUUACAGAUCUUAAACGACAUUACCUGUUUUCCUGCUGCUCUUAAGUCCACAUGAUUUACUCUUGCACAUAAACUGAAUUGCAAUUAGCGAAAGGCAGAAAGUGAAAGAGGCCUGCAUGCUGUACUCUCUCCGCAGCACCAGCCCUGAGUCAAAGUGGCACACAGAACUCUUAUGAAAAAUACUUUUCUGUGAUCACUUGGGCCUGUCUGGCACAGCGGAAGUAGCCGAAAAGUUCAAAAAUAAGUACAAAUCCCACCCAGCUGGCACCUUCCACAGGCUCAGGCAAGCGCUCCCAAGUAUUUGGAAGGAUUUCAGCUCUGAUUUGACCCAGGUCUGCGAGCGACUGAGGAGUUCUAGCUGCAUGUGCACGCUCAACGCCAAACUCAUUAGACGCCAGAGUUCAUAAAAUACCACUUUGUAUCUUUGGCCACAGCACUUUCACAUCCAUCACUUUUUGAUAUGAUUCAGAGGAAUCUGAUUCAGCUCUGCUUUAAAAGGAGAUUUUUGUUUUUAGCUUUUUUUAUGUUUUUAAGAAAAAUGAGGAUUUUUUUUUAAAGCACCCUCCCUCCACAUACGACAGGCAGCUUCGAUGCUGCUCUGAUGUCUCGAGUUGGCGAGACCCGGGUGAUCGUGUCUCACAUGCCAGAGACGAGUCAGUGCUGUCCCUGCAGAGUGUGUCCUGAAUGAGGCUCACUGAGCCGUCACCACAACUCCACUCAUGCCUCUGACUCCUUCCUCUGCCGAACACUUCUCCCUCAAACUCUCAUUCAGCCCUCAACAGAUUCAAGUUCAGAGGUCAAAGGUCAGAGACCACGACAGAAGAAAUGUUUUCCCUCCACCUCCAGAGAAGGUGGAGUUUAGUGAUCCUCCUCAUCCAUGUGGGUUUUCACUUAAAGACUAUGAACCAGUCGUGGGCACAUUCACUGUUCUCACCCUACAGAGGUGGUUUCACUGGAAGAAGAAAUUCAGUGUCCGCCUCCUCACAGCUUUUACUGGUGCCCUCGACAUCGAUAUCUGACGCUGCACUGACAGCGUUCGCUCUUCAAGCUGCUGCUGCUGUUUGUACUGUUCAUCUAUCACACAACAGAUCUGACUCCAAGAGUAUUUGAAUAAUAUGUUAAAUCCUCUAAAAGACCUUCGCUGUUCCGUGUUGAUCUCGACCGUUGUUAAUGAAGCGACGGCGUCAGCCAAAAUCACAAACUUCUCCGCCUGGCAUUUAUUGCAGAUAAGUAAACGGCUCGAGUGUUUGGAAGGAUUUUCUGAGAGUGUCUGACCUCAUGUCUGCGACAGAACCCCCCCCCCCCCUUCUCUCUGGUACUAGUCUACUAUCAUCAUGGUUAUUAACAUGAACAAGCAUGGGAUGCAUUUAUUUAUAAACAGCAAACAAAAAAAACAGCAAACAUACAAAUAUUAGAAAGUGUAACAGUUUUACUCUCAUGUCCAUGUCCAUCUACUGUAGCUUUACAGUCGUGCGAGACGUUCGUGGACAGCUCUGAGCUGUUCGCAGGGCAGAGUUUCCCCGAGGCGCCGGAGUCGACUCUGCUACGAGGCGACGUCGACUCUGAGUGAGCGUCAGGGAAACUCUGCAGAUCCGGACGGGUUCACAGAAAAGCAGAUCAAACAGCCUUUUUCUGUCCCUCAUGCUGUGAGGACGCAGUGCUGCUGGCCGCUGAGGCCGCCGGGAUGUGAAGACAACAAAUUACCAUCAACAUGAAGCUGUUUUUUUACACUGUACAUCCUUAGUAUUUUUACACAUAAAAUGUAUAUGAUAGGGAUGCACAUUAUUUUCCUUCUUACGGACAGCUUCAAUAAAGCACUAUGUCA